GUCAUAACCAAGAUUGUUUCCAAAGCGAAAGGAUUCCCUCUCACAUUCGUCUAGAGGAAUUAACAGUUGAUUUGGCAUUCUCCAACAGCAAAAAAGACGAGCAUGGAGAGCUUAGGGAGCAUGGAUUCUGUCAAUGACACAGAAGGUCCACAAGUUGGAAUGCUUCAUGAUGCCAACGGAAACGGGACCAUUGACCCGGUAGAGAAGGUCAGCAUUGUUGCUAUGAUCUUCCUACCAAUCAUCAUCUCCGUAGGUGUCUUUGGAAACACUCUAGUCUGCAUUGCCGUGAUCCGCAUCCAAAAGCUCCGCACAGUGGCGAAUUCCUUCGUGGUCUCCCUGGCCGUAUCCGAUCUUGCGGUCUGUGUCAUUGUCCUCCCUCUGGGUCUCUACGAAGCCAUCAAUUUCGGUAGCUGGUACCUUGGUGAUAUCCUCUGCAACACUUGGCUCACACUGGACAUCAUCCUCAGUACUGCUUCAGUUUGGAACCUCUGUGCAAUUGCAGGAGAUCGCUAUCUGGCAAUCACCAAGCCCAUCUGGUAUGCGAACAGAAGAUCUAGCAGAUUAGCUUUCAUUGCUAUUGCAGCGGCUUGGGGCUUACCGGUGCUACUCACGGUUCCCUCUACUAUUUUAAUGUACCAUAACGCCCGUGAUUAUGAAAACGUAUGCUACCUAAAUGUCAAUUUUUCGUACGUUAUUAUCGCUUGCAUCUUCGCUUUCUUCCUACCGUGUGUACUUGUUCUUGGUGUCUAUAUUCGUAUCUUCAUGGCCGCAAGGGAUCACUUCCUGCGAAAACCGUCCGCAGUUCGUAACCGGAAGAAGUCCUCGAGCGCUGGCACUGACCGCAGUUUGGACAGCAUGGGUGAUAGCAGCGGUAAUGCAAAUGCGGGCGUUACGAUCAAUGACAAGACGGAGUAUACGGUGACCGGAAGUGCGGGGAGUAUCAACGCUCUCAACAACCCCGCAAGGAAGAUCAGUACGUCCGCUUCGACAGAGAACUCCUUGGACCUUCUGGACAACCGUCCGCCACUGAAACGACGCACGUCUAGGAUCCCACGUAUUUCAGUAAGCAGGGAGAAGAAAGCUGCUAUAGUCCUUUCCAUCGUAGUAGGUGCCUUCAUCAUCUGCUGGUUACCAUACUUUACUGCUGUUCUUCUUUAUGCUGCAUCUGGUGGAAGAAUUAUGGCAUCAGAUGAGGUUUUCGUCGCAUUCUCCUGGUUAGGCUGGUUAAACAGCAUCAUCAAUCCAAUCAUCUACACUAUCUUUACCAAGGAUUUCAGGAAAGCUUUUAAAUACAUCUUAAAAUGCCAGUGCGACAAUUGGAUACCAACGCGUACAUCGAGCUCACGCUAGCAAUUUCCAAAAUCUUGUAAAUAAGACAUUCGACCUUUUUUUCACAAAUAUAUUGGACAGGUGUCUGAUUAUUCUUCUCUAGCUGAAAUGAACGAUUGACUUGGACACUCAUGAUAAUGACGUCAUAAAAGAGGAACAAUUUCCAGACAAGGUUCAUGGCUACAGUUACACCAAUGAAAUAAUUAUCAUAAAAUUGAUCGGUUUGGAGAUGAAUUCAUUAGUGUGACUGUAUCACAUGUGUGUAUUGCAAGAAAUCAAUUUGCAAUCGAUUGAAAACAUACACUGUAAAAACUGUGGUGUUAAAACUGACACCAUUUGGCGUUAAUAGAGGACCACACCCUGAGGUGUUAAAAUUACACCCUAGAGAUUAAACAUAACCCCAAAGAGUGUAAAAGUAACAACCAAAGGUGUGAAACUAAGGGUGCGUUUAUCCGCCACUUUUUUACCCUAUAAUCAUGAUUCCAAUCAUGAUUCAAAUCACGAUUCUGCAGAAUCACGAUUGCGUUUAGUCGAAAUUGAAUAUAAUCAUGAUUAGAAUCACAAACAUGAACUACGAAAAAAAGGGCGUUUGGAAAGACGUUUCUGCAGAAUCACGUACGAAAAUGUUCGGAUAAACGAUAUCGUGAUUUGAAUCAUGAUUAUAUGACGUCAUUGUGUCGAGCUAUUUCCGGUUCUUGCCAAGGCGCGCGCCCCACGUUGUCACAUCACAUGUACGUCGCCGACCUCCAAUUAAGUGUCCAACGUUGACCUAUACUUCCUGGGUCAAACUGCGCACUGUGAUGCGCACUGGAUCGGUCCGAAUCCGAGGAGAAACAGCGUUGGAACGAAGGUCGUCUAAACCCUGAUUCUGUAGUAAUUGUGAUUCAUGUUUGUGAUUUGAAUCAUGAUUCCAAUCAUGAUUCAAAUCACGAUUCUGGCUUGAGGUCGGAUAAACGCAGCCUAACACUGUCAAUUUAACACCGGUGUAAAUAACUGGUGUGGUCCUCUAUGUACACCGGUUAACACGACAGUGUUUGCUGUGUAGAUUUGGGGUUAAUGUACAUUCUGCUGUGCAGAUGAGGAACUUUUUUAAAUGCACAAAUAAUUACAUGAGGUACUAUUGCAUUUUGGAUUUUAACCAGAUAUGAAAUUGAUUACCGAUUUCUCGCAAUAAAGCGAUCAGUCUUCACUGUACAGAAACGUAGCUGUCAUCAUAUUUCAUACAAAGGAAGAUGUAUUUGUUGCGCCACGUUUCUCGCAACAUCAUACAGAAAUAUAUUUACCUUUGCUCAUAUUGAAUACUAGUCUUUAUCUUGCUAUUUAACAAUAUAAAAAUGUCAAUUUCCACCUAAACUCCCACAAGUAAUCACCCUUAAAAUUCUUUAUUUUUAAUCACGUUUAAAAUACCAUGAGCAGGGCUUUAAGGUGAUAUUUUGUUUGCCAAACUUGUUCGACAAUAACCUACACAAUUACUUGAUUUGAUGACGACGGCGAAAUUUAGUGAAAAUUCGGGGUCUUUGUGUGUUUUGUUGUUUCGCUUUGUUUUUGUUUUAACUGAAAUUAGCAAAUAUUUUCCAAUUUUGACCGGAUGGAGAAAGGGAGUUGGUCUGUUAAAUCAGCGAACUUUCCGAAUUUCGAUCUUUGGAGACUAAGAUCUAUUGUGGCUAAAGUCCUUUUUUAAGGGGGCGGGUGGCAAGUGGAGGCACUGGAGGGUUAGAAAUUAUAUUGUCAAUCUAUGGAAUCUCAAAUGAAUCAUUUGUUUGAUAAUUACUUUGGAAAAAAACAAUUUGUUCACUCGAAUAAUCUCAGCUAAAAUAUGGAAUAUGUAUCGUUUCAAAUGUCUUUUAUGAAAACUCCGACAUCAGUGUUCGCAAGUGAUCAGUUUAAAAUCCACGGGGUUUGUGUAAACGCGACUAUUAUGUGUGUCAACUGUGUGAAUGCAGUCCACAGUGCAGUGAACACGGUGUGGGCAUGGUGUGGUGUAAGCGUUGCAUAGCAAUUAUACAUAGUUUUCAUUUGGUGAAAUAGUUCACAGUGUGUGGUUUAAUUCGUUCACUGUGUGAAAACGACAUACACACUGUGUUUACAUAGUCGGCCCAUAGUAAGAAAAUUGCAAUACAGUCAAAUUCAUUCGACACAAUAUGUUCACACAGUGCCCACGCAGUAAAAAUAAAAGAACUCGGGAAAGGAGUUAGCCAGUGUGUGGCAUUUAUUCAGCACAGUGAGUCCAUAUGGUUACACAUGGUUAUCACAGUUUGAUUACUUAUAUUGGCCUAUUUUGAUUAAAUAUCCAUGAAAAGGUUGAUUCCAUGUUGGAAGGGAAAAAAGUGAACUGGAAUAGUUGUUUUUAAUAAAACAUUAAAAAUAUUUUUCCGAAAAUUGUGAUCGAAAGUUAACCAUCACUUCAAAAUAUUAUGGUAAUGAUAAAUAAUAUUAUAUUUAUACUAAGCAUAACUAUAAACAGCGAUCAAUAUGGUUGAUUCGCACCCACCCGUCCCACACCCGCACGCGCUGGGCGUUAUGGCGUGCUGCGCCUGCAAUCUGAGCUAUGUGGGGGAAGUUACAAAUUGAUGCAGAGGUUCGAGCCCUGGUCACGUCUUUCGGAUGGUGACGUUAAAAGUCGGUUCCUGACGUAAAAAAUCAAAUCUGAUUGAUACACGCCUGAUAGAGACUGGAAUACACACGCACGCGCACACAGAGAGAAAGAGCCCACAUUGAAACACAGUACAAUGACAUCUCAAUGCAAAAAAAAAACAGAAUGUUAACUAAAAGAAAAUGACAGAAUCACAUAUUCUUGUAUUCCAUGUCUGAGACUAGUUUCAGCAGCAACAAUGCCGUCAAAAUGCUGAGCAUGAUCAAUAUAGGAUGUCCUCCCAUUCUCUGGACAUUACAGCCAAUUUGGGUCGAUGGGUGUGUGUGAUUCAGUUUCAUCAUGCUUUCAUAGUUAUUCUUCCGUAAUUCUGAAAUGCAACCGUCAUGAAAGAUUUCCUUUACCAAAUUACAUCAAGUUAUAUUAUUUUAAAAACAGAAUAACUGCUAUUUCCAACGUAAUUUAAAACAAAGAAAGUCAAAUUUUCGACUCAUUGGUCGUAUUUCUGGGGAGGGUAUCUUCGCCUUCUUUCGAAACCCCACAGUUUGCGUUUUACACGAUGCGUCUCCUAAGAACAAGGAAUAUUUUAUUUGAUAAUGAUUAAACAAUGUAUUUCUAAAUACCUAUAGAUCAAGUUUCUUUUAAUUGUAUCAUUACGAUUUCUGUUUCUGUCUUAAGAUGGCAUUCAAAGUAAAAUCUUUAUUCUUAAUUCCGGUUGGAAGAUAUGUAUAUAUCAAGUUGUACAUUAUUAUAUGUGUAUAUAAACAUGUCAGAUGAAUUGGAGUUUCUAACAUAGUGUAUUGUAAUCAAAACAAAGGAAAUCAUGAUGUAAAAAUAUUAAUAACGUGUUACAAUAAUUUUUAUGAUACAGUGUACAGAAAUCUUCCAAUGGUACAAUGUCGAUAAAAAAUAAAAUCGAAAUUUUCCAUUAAAAAAUGGUCUGAUUCUGUUUUAAUGAUUC